AUGACUAGUUGGGACAACAAUGAUUCAGCCAUGCAACCAUCGAUAGCUGUGGGAACAGAAGAACAGGAGGACGAUUUCCUGUUGACGAUGAAGACAUUCGAUUUUGCGAUCGUCAAUGAUGAUCCUGAGCUUGAUCUUCCGUCCCAAGUAACGAAUCCACCAAACAUCACAGCCCCAAGCGAUGUGAAGCUCCCAUUUCUAAGACCAUCUUCUCAACAACCCACCGUAGAAAUCCUCCAGUCUCUUGGCAUUAAAGUGCGAGAUUUUGCGUAUGAGAGUACUUUGCCACCCAUCGCGCCCAUUCCGCGCGUUCCACGGCAAACACAGCCUAGUGCAAGACCGCUGAAACGUAGCAGAGGGGACUGGGAGGAAGAGGAAGGAGAGUCAUCGCGUUCGUCGCGCCCGCAAUUCGGACGCGAAGCCACCAAUGCUGGCGUACAAUCAAGCAGCAAGCCCGAGUCUCUUGUGCGAACAGCCACUGAGCCACUUGAAUUUAACCCUCCGCCCGUGUCAAAGCGUGCGAUGGGAUGCGCGGACUUGAGCAGACCACCUGUGCUUUUCGGAAGCCGGCUACCGUUCCGUUCGCCCCGUCGCGCUCUUAAAGCCCAUCGUACCCCGCCGAGAAGAUCAUCACCUGCAACUCCGCUGACUUCUCCCCUAUUCGGCUCGCCAUCAGAAGAGCCUUCUCAGGAGACAUCACAAGAGUCGGAGUUAAUAAUGACACCUGCUGGACCCGAGGCCUGGCAUAUUGAAGACACCAGGUCGAUACCAGCGUCACAGCUGGACAGAGACUGUUCAGUUUUUGUGCCAGAAGAAAUAUUGUAUUCUCAGGGAGUGCUAUCCCCACAGUCCUCGCAACUUGCCACGUCGAUUUCUACUCCCAUGCGGUCUUCUGUCGCCCCUAGUCACGUUUUGCCGGCAUUGCAGGCAGUUGAUUCAUUCGAGUCGUCGCACCUUAUUCCACAAAUACCAAGUUCCCGGCGGGAACGCAAGCGUGGGCUGAAAGGAUCCACGGCGAAAGUUUCUCCGCAGACAUCCCCUCGUUAUCUUCUCCGUCGACGAUCGCUAUUGUCUGUUCACGCUCCCACACGUUCUCGAUAUCCCCAUCCACUCACUCCCACGAAGAAAGGAAGCCCGAAGGGAUCUCCGCAACCUCGCUGUAGACGGAUGCAGCGGCCUGUGCUAUCGAGGUGAAUUUUAGAUGAGAUGAUUGCACAAGGUUGGUACAUGGAUAGGAUUAAGUUAUUUUUUAUUGCUGUUGUUUCAACAAACAUUCGAGGAGUAUACCGUUUGCAGUGAUGCUCCAUGUAGUUUUACAUCGCGGUGACAAUUUCAUGUAUACAUGCACAAUGAGACUACCUACAAUGUCUUCUCUUCUUCUUGCUAUUUUGAUUGCGCACAUGCACACUGUCGUGGAACGAACGUGCGUCCAUGAUGUCGAUGGAUAAUUCUCAUGGACUCUGAUUCAGUGACCGAAGGCGGAUGGGCAUGGGAUUGACAAGGGUAUGUUAUUUGCGGUAUUGCGCAUCAUGAGUGGACUAGUCCCGAAAUGAAAUGCCGAU